AUGAAAGCCCUUUACGAAGAUAAUAGUACUAGCCAACACCCACUUAGGAACAAAACACACCAAGUCAAAGAUUAUGAGAGUGGCAACCAAGACAAUGCAGCCAAAGCCCCUGAAGGUGGAUCCCAGGAGGUAGUGAUCUACGUGAUCGAGAUGUUCCAGUCGGAUCUCUUGUCGGUGCUGGUUCUUAUGCUCAUCGCCGCCACCAGCUGGCUCAAGCUCGUCUCGUACGCGCACACCAACGCCGAUAUCCGCACGGUGAAGGACGGUGGCAAGAUAGAGCCCAUAAGUAGCAAUGUCACUUACAAUUACAUCGUCUACUUCAUGGCAGCGCCAACGCUGUGCUACCAACUGAGCUACCCGUGCUUGCCGCGGAUUAGAACCGGGUGGGUGCUCCGGCAGCUGGGCAAGUGGAUCAUCUUCAAUGGAUUCAUGGGCUUCAUCAUCGGGCAGUACAUUAAUCCAAUCAUCCGGAACUCGAUGCACCCGCUCAAGGGGAACCUCUAUGUGAUUGAGCACGUGCUCAAGCUGUUCAUGCUCUACGUCUGGCUGGGCUUCUUCUACUGCUUCUUCCACCUCUGGCUCAACAUCGUGGCAGAGAUCCUGUGCUUUGGUGACCGCAAGUUCUACAAGGACUGGUGGAACGCCAAGUCAGUGGACGAGUACUGGUGGCUGUGGAACAUGCCCAUCCACUGCUGGCUCAUCCGCCAUGUCUACUUCCCAUGCCUCCGGCUGGGCCUCCACAAGCAGCUUGCCAUUUUGGUGGUGUUCGUCAUCUCCGGGAUCUUCCACGAGAUUUGCAUCGUGGUGCUGUGCCACAUGCUGCAGGGUUGGGCGUUUUUGGGGAUCAUGUUCCAGGUGCUGCUGGUUCUAGUGACCAACGUCCUCCAGUGCAAGUUCCAGAGCUCCAUGGUCGGCAACAUGAUCUUCUGGUUCUUCUUUUGCAUCGUCGGGCAGCCGAUGUGCGUGCUGCUCUACUACCACGACGUUGUCAACAGGCAGCAGCUCCAGCUAGCCGGGCGGUCCAAAUAA